AUGUUGUCAUCCAGUGAUCAGAAGUUAGAAAAGCUGGAUCCCUUUCAUCGACCUUUGAUGUCCAAGCAGAAGACCAGCGCGGAGAUCAUAAGCGAAGCGCGGAAUGCCUUAAGAGCAGUUAGAACCCAAAGGCCGUUCACACCCCGGGAAGACCAGAGGAAACUGUUUGGGCCUGCCUCAUCCAGGACCCCGGAAAACAGGCCUCCCUCCUCCUUCAGCCUUCACGCCUCCAGCUUUGAGUUAGCAGAUUCCAGGCCUAUCUCUGGCACCCGUCUCAGUCCCCUCGAGCUGAAACCCAGAGCUCCAGCAUCUCCCACCUCAGAGGAGGAUACCCGCCUCUCCUUCCCUAAACCUCCACCAGACCCUGCCAAGAUAAGAAGAAUAAGCGGUGCGCGUGCACGCUUCUACAGGGCUGCAUCCCAGGGAACGCUCCUGCCUGACAGAUCCCAUGCUGUCGCCCACUCAGAGACCACGGAGGAAUCCACGGAGACUGUUACCGCGGGGACGUCUACAGCAAAAAUAAAUGGGACCUAUUUAACAGUGUCACAUUCCACGGGCCAUUUAAAGAGCCAUCCAGUCCGACUUACUUAUGACCAAGGUUUCAGAGAAACCAAAGAGCAAGCAGCACCCAAGGAACCAUGCCUCCCGUCUCAUCUCCUCAGCCGAGGGGACCAGGGGAAGCGGCAUGCCAGGGCCUCCUCAUGUCCUAGCAGCUCAGACCUGAGCAGGCGGGAAGCUAGAUCAGCCUCAAGAGCCAGCUUACAGGAACAGGAGACAGAAAUAGAAGUAGAUGAAGUCUUUUGGAAAACACGGAUUGAACCGAUUCUGCGUGAAUUAGAAAAGGAAGCCGACAUUGAAGCAACGUGUGCUGCUUGCACGCAGCUCCAUCACACCUUGGAAGAAGGGCGCUUGCUGGGGAAGAAGUUUAAGGGAAGAAGAGUCCUGCUGAAGACCCUGUAUAAACUAGUGGAUGCUGGCUCAGACCCGCUCAGCCUUAAACUUGCAAAACUUAUCCUAGCACUUAAAGUGAGCAGAAAGAACCUUCUGAAUGUCUGCAAACUAGUAUUUAAGAUCAGCAGGAGCGAGGAGAACGACGCCCUGAUGCAGAGCGACAACAUCCCGGAGUCAUUAUUGGAGGUGCUGAGGGCCGAAGACCUGCAACGUAACCCCGAAGCCUUCUUAUACUGUAUGGGAGCUCUGAAAUUCAUCUCCGGGAGUCCAGGGUUCCUUGCUGAGAUGAUCGGCAAAGGUGCGGUAGAAAUACUGAUGACGCUGAUAAAGCAAAUGAACGAGGACACGAAGUACGGUGCAUGCCUGCCCAACUGGGGCGACUUGUUAGUCCAGACAACUGCCACGCUGAGAAACCUGGCCGACUCACCCCUGACGAGGAGCAAGCUCCUGAGCCUCGGGGCCUUCCCCCAGCUCUGCACGGUGCUGGAAUACUACACGGACGACAAGGAUGUCUGUACCAACAUUGCCAGAAUAUUCAGCAAACUGACCUCUUACCGUGACUGCUGUGUGGCCCUGGCCAGCUAUUCCAGAUGCUACGCUUUGUUUCUGAGUCUGUUGAACAAAUACCAGGAGAAACAGGAUUUAGUAAUUCGCAUUGUUUUUAUCCUUGGCAACCUGACAGCAAAAAAUAACCAGGCCCGGGAACUUUUCUCCAGAGAGCGAGGGAGCAUCGAGACUCUGCUCACACUGUUCCAGAACUUCUACCAACUUGACCAGCAGUCCCCAGGGUCGGAGCUCUCGGGAGCCAGGCCGCCAGCGGAGACAGAGGAUGUGCUGGUCAAGCUGACCCGCGUCCUGGCCAACAUAGCCAUUCACCCACGCAUCGGCCCAGUGCUGGCCGCCAACCCUCGGGUGGUGGGCCUCUUGCUGACCACGCUGGAAUCCAAGUCACUGGGUGACUGCGAGGAGCUGGUGAUCAACACCACAGCGGCCAUCAACAACCUGUCCUUCUAUCAAGUGAAGAGCUCUGUCCUGCAACACAGAAAGCUGUAUGUUGCUGAACUGCUCUUAAAGCUCCUGGUGAGUAACAACAUGGACGGCAUCCUGGAGGCUGUGCGGGUCUUCGGGAACCUCUCCCAGGACCACGACGUCUGCAAUUUCCUCAUGCAGAAAAACGUACACAAGUUCCUGAUCACCCUGCUGGAAGCCAGGCACCAGGACAUUUGCUUCUCGGCCUGUGGGGUUCUCCUAAACCUCACCGUGGAUAAAGAGAAGCGGGCCAUUCUGAAAGAAGGCGGAGGCAUUAAAAAGCUAGUGGAUUGCUUAAGAGAGUUUGGUCCAGGCGACUGGCAGCUGGCCUGCUUGGUGUGCAAGACCUUGUGGAACUUCAGUGAAAACAUCACAAGUGCAUCAUCGUGCUUCGGAGAUGAAGACACCAACACGCUCCUUGUCCUCUUGUCAUCGUUUUUAGAUGAAGAAUUGGCCCUGGACGGCAGCUUUGACCAGGACCUAAAAAGCUAUCAUCGACUCCACUGGGAAACAGAGUUCAAGCCGGUGGCACAGCAGCUCCUGAAGCGAAUUCAGAGUCACCACACGGCCCUGGAGCCCCUGCCCAUCCCUUCUUCCUAA